AUGCUGCGCGACGGCGGCGACGCGGGCGUGCUGGUGCACGAGGAGGGCCGCGGCUGCCUCGUCGGCAACAACGUGCACUCGAAUGCCACGUACGGCGUCGCGGCGCUCAACGGUGGCUGCCCGGCCGCAUCGCGCAACUGGCUGCACGGGAGGCGGCAGGGCGGACUCCUCGUCGACGACGCUGGGGCCGGGGAGUACUUUCGCAACGAGGUGGAGGGCAACGCAAAGUCGGGCGUCACGCUGCGCGGCGCCAUCCGCCUCUCUUGA